GCACCGAGCGCUAUACUACAAGAACGUCGGGUGGCGCCGCGCCGGCCCGUAACGUGCGAGUGUUGUGUCACAGCGGUGGGCCAGGUCGGUUUCGAUAAUUUUUCGUUCCGACGACACAAUGGCCCUUAAUUCGGACGAACAGAAAUCGAACCUGGUCCUCCGCGUGGAUCAGGAUUCUGACUCGGUUUUACAAUCGUUGUUCGACACUGUGCUCAAGCCGGACUCGAAACGACCGCUACAGGUGCCUCUGCGUAUGCGACAGCUUCCAAAGUCGUUCUUUAACCCGCCGUCGACCGGUUCUAAGUCGCCAUCUGUGUCUCACUCGCGAGAAAACUCGGCUGACUCCGCGUUCGGGUCGUCGUCUGCGACGGGAUCUGCACCGGUCUCUCACUCUCGUGCGCACUCGUCACCGGCCAGUUUGCAGCAGACCUAUGCAGCCGGGCAGCAAAACCAGCAGCCGCCUCUACACCAUCAACACACCAAGCAAAGAUCUUAUGAUGUUGGAUCUCACUUACCAGAUGAAUUAGGCCCGCUUCCAGCAGGAUGGGAACAAGCAAGAACCCCGGAGGGCCAAAUAUAUUACCUUAACCAUAUAACAAAGACCACAACAUGGGAGGACCCUCGCAAGACAUUGGCGGCGCAAACAGUGGCCAGUGGUGUGCAGCAUCAAAGCGCGGAAGCCUUACUUACACAGACUCCUUCACCACAGAACCUUCCAACACCCACUCCAGCAGCGAAGAGUACAAGUACCUCGGCGACGACGGACCCCCUAGGGCCGUUGCCGGACGGCUGGGAGCAAGCCACCACUCCUGAGGGAGAAAUUUAUUUUAUAAACCACGCCGCUCGCACAACGUCUUGGUUCGACCCUAGAAUACCGCAACAUUUGCAACGUACGCCGGCGGCGAACGCCGGAGCGGCGGGCGGUGGGUGGGCAAACGCAUCGGUCCAAGCAUGCCAACAGAAACUGCGUCUACAGUCAUUACAACUCGAGCGUGAACGACUGAAACAACGCCAGCAGGAGAUACGGCUCCAGCAAGAAUUAAUGGCGCGGCAGUCUUCAUCCAUCGUGUCCUCCUUGACAAAUAGUACCGCGACGAGCACAGACCUAUCUCUGGACCCCUUCCUCCCAGGUCUCAAUGACCAUCAACGCCAGGAGUCAGCCGAUAGCGGCCUGGGCAUGGCUGUAUCACAAUCCUAUUCCAUGCCCCAUACUCCGGAAGGUUUUUUGGGCAUGGAUGACCGCAUGGACUGCACCAGUGAGGCCGGCGCGAACCUCGAUACAGAUAUGGCUUUGGGAGACACGGAUGAUUUGUUGGGUGACUUCACAAAUGACAUACUUCUGGAUGAUGUGCAGUCGCUGAUCAACUCCACACCAAACAAACCAGACAACGUUCUGACAUGGCUCUAGAUUGAUAUUCGCUGAACGUACAAUUAAUACAACGUGCUUUCUAUAAUCUAAUUUUACACAAAUAAAACAUUGACAAUAAGAACGGCUCAAAGACAAAUCGGUAAUACACCAAUUGAAAUUCGUAAAAUAAAUAAAUAAAAAGGGGCUAUUCAGUUUCUUAAGAAUUGGUAAAACAUCCCGGCAUUUAUUAAAAUGGGAUGUGAUUAAAAGCCACAUUCGAUUGGUGUAUUUCCUAGAGUGUAAUAUUGCGUUGCUAAUCAAACUAGGUAAUGCUUGUCGUACAAAAAUCGCAAAUUCAUUAGUCUACAUUUUAUAGUCUGUGGAUCAUUAGAUUAAAUCAUGUUUAGUUCGAAAAGUUAGUCAUUGAAUGAUGGCUCAUUUGUAAAUAUAAUCAUUGAAUGGUUUCUGAACUGGCCCCCGGUUUUGAGCGGUGUUAGCAUUUGUUUCUUUCGUUAAUGAAAGAAUUCAGUUUGCAAUUUACACGUAAGCAAGGUUUCUAUGCUCUUUCAGAUAAGACCGUAAGAAAUCCUUCUUCAUAUAGAAUAGACUAUUGUUAAGAUGUCGAAGAUAACAGAAUAAAUUUCAUUAAGGAAAUUAUGGUCCGUAUUCAAAAACGUUUCUCAAGGUAUUCUAAAUGACCCGUCAAGAAUAUUUUCAUUAAAAAAAUAAUGGACAAAUUGAAAUUACGUUUGAAACACGUUUUAGAAUGCGCCAUUGAUUGUGAUACCAUCUCGACGUAACAGUGCCUUAUUGUGCCUUUUAAAAUGUAUUUAUUGUGUUAUUUAGGUAAUAGUUAUAAAGAUAUAUUUCUACAAAUUUUUACCGAUCGAUGAACAUCGAUUCAUGUAUUAUUUGGACAUAAUUAAACUACUUAUGUAUGUGUUGUAGUAACUUUUUUUUGUCUACUUACACCGUCCUUGUGUAUUUUUCGAGAUUAUGUUAGAUGUAGACUUAGUUAAUCAUAACUUAGUUCUUUUGGCAGCUAUUAAGUUUAUAGAUAAUAUUUGGUUCUAAGUGGACAAUGUAUUGUUUAUGUAUCUAAACAUUUGUGUGUGCGGGUGCCGCUAGAAAUAUUAACAAAAUAUGAGAUUUCGACAAAACCGUACAUCGAAGGUGGUAAUACGUGUACAUGUUUGUAUGAUUGAAAUACCCUGCUGUAUGCUUUACCACAUGAUUGUGUAUUCAUUAAACAACUCUGUUCGUUAUAUACUCAACGUAUUUACAAUUCAUUGGUUUAGGCUUAACUUCAAAAGCCCACCUAGUAUAGAGUUUGUAUAAAUUCAAUAAUAAAAUUAGGUCUUUAUUUUUCGAAUGCUACAUUGAAAACUUUGCCAUAUUAGUAAAUGUACUAUCUUUGUAAGACUAAUGUAAUCGAUUAUAAAUAGUUUAAAUAGCAACUGUGUAACUAUUAUAAUUAGUUGUAACGGUGCUGGGUUUAUUAUACAUUUUAUUUUGUAAUCUGUAGAUGUCUUGUUGUAUUUGUCGUAUAUAAUUUCUUGUUAAGUUACGCUUUUCAUAUUGUUCAGUUUAUUAUUCUGUAUUGCAUGUUUCCUCUUAACUUAGAUUUUAGCUGAGAUGACUAAGUCGUUCAAUGUUAAUAGCUUCGUAUUCGAUUAAUUUUAAGGAAUAAUUCAGGAAUAAUAUUACAUUGCAAUGUGUCAAGCCAAUAGCGAUAACUUAGUAGGUGUUAAUUAAAUGUCUACAUCUGUCUUUUAGAAGUGAUAACAACCAAUUGAGCUCAAUAAAAAUUGUAUCAAAACUGCAAAACUAUGUCAGAAUUUUCGCACAUAUACGAAUAAUGAUUAAGUUUACGAUACUGUAAACAUACAUAUAAUAUACUAAAAUAUUGUUUUUUGUUAGCGCCUUUAAUACUCAAUCAAAAUAUAAUUGUAUAGAAUACAUAAACCUACUAUGUCGUCGCUACUACAAAACAUUCCAUGUUGCUUACCGUCGCGUCAGUUCGGUGUUUCUGGCUUGAAUAAUUUUCCGAACAAUAUAUGAAGUAAAUAUGUCUAAGUAUAGCCUUAAUACAUACAUAUCUUUCAGUCUGACAUGCAAGUUUUCACUGUAGUGUACAUUACAUGAGUCAAUGUUAUAGCAAUGAAAUUUGUUCUCCGAUUUCAUUGUAUAUAAUUUGAUAUAUGAAUUAAAUAUUUGUUUAAAUAUC